AUGUGCAGAACUAAGGUUUUUCAGCGUGAAGGUGCAGACAUCCGGUACAUUCACCGAAUUUCAUUACGUGAUGCACUCUGUGGAGUGUCAAUCCAAGUACCAACGCUAGACGGAACAACGUAUCCACUACGGAUCAGCGAUGUUGUCAAACCGAACACCACUAGGCGAUUAACGGGACAGGGAUUGCCGAAUCCGAAGAUGGCUGGACGAAGGGGUGAUUUGAUUGUCGAAUUUGACGUCAGAUUCCCCGAUUCAAUCCCGGAAGGCGCGAAAGCAUUGAUUAUGAAUGCCUUGCCGGCGUAA